GGAUAUUUCUGCUUUUGGCGGCAAAAAAUAGAGAAACUAAAAGCUGAAAACGAAAAAACCAAGACGAGAGAGAGAGAGAUUUUUGUUUUUUUUGUCAGCGGGAGAGAGAGUAAGAGGAAGAUGAAGAAACCAAUUCCUAAAAUUAGGGUUUUCGGCCAGCGAUCGAUCGCCCCUUCUUUCCUUAAUCGUACUCCGAUUCCUGUGGAAGAAGACUCUUCGUCGAAGAAAGUGGACAAGUGCGCUUCGUUUUCAGAGUUUCUCGACAGCAAGCUGAACAAGUCUGUGCUCUUUAAGCCCAACAACGCUGAGAAAUUACCACAGGAAGGGACAAGACUUUUCACCUCAUUGGUUAGUAGCAGCUCUAAGGAUGUGACUCAGACCUCUCAUGGAUUUGGGAUGGAGAAAAAGGCAAAUAGGGAUGGUGGUCUUGAAAAGACAAUGCUUCGGCAGUUUAAGCCUAGAGAGACCCAGAUAAGUGAAGAACAAGUUAUGAGGGCCGAUGCGAGUCUUGAGCCGUUGGAUCAAACUACUGCUGAAGAGGUUGAUCUUUUGACGACGUGCUUUACUGAGACCGAUGAUGAUGAUAUCAUUGUGAAGGAUGAUAAAUUAACAAAGAAGAGAAAAGAUCCGUUCGAAGGUAUGGAGAGCAUGGAUAGAACGAGAAAGCCUGUUUUAGUCUUUGGAGGCAACUCAAAGUCGACGCAAGAGGAAGGUGAAAGAGGAAGGAACAGCACUAGUUGUAAGAAGCAGAAACCCGCUUAUAACCAUUAUGCAAAUGGUUCAGGGUUUUGGGACUGUGACAUGGAAGGUGUUGACUCGGAAGAAGUGGGACAUAGUGAAGUAUGGGAAGGAGUUGGUUCGACUACAUUUGGGGAUAUAGUUGAUUGGCACUAACAAGUAACAACCAAGUUGGUCCUUGUCUUUUGUCUCACACCUCUUCAAUUAUGGCUCUAGAGUCUGAGAAAAGAUCAACAAAUGGUGUAACUACCGUAGGUAGCAGUCCUUUAUUUGUUAGAUGGUUUAGGUCUUUUAUUGCCACUUUUUAUAUCC